UUUUAGAUACUGGUAUAUUAACAGCCGAUAAAUCGGGCGUACUAUUGUGAAUGUUUAAAAAACUUUAGUAAUUCUGGAUUUUACUGAGAUGAGGGAUUAGAGAGGGAUGGCGGAUAGUCUAUGCAGUCCAUUGGCACCAUGCAGAUGGCCAGUGCAUCUUUUGGCUGGAUCGGUUGCCGGUCUUGCCGAACAUUGUCUUAUGUUUCCGUUCGACUCGGUAAAAACUCGGUUGCAAAGUUUGUGUCCAUGUCCAGAAACAAGAUGCCCAACAGCAAUGCAUAGCCUUUUCUCAAUGGUGAAACGCGAAGGUUUGCUGCGAUCACUGAAAGGAGUCAAUGCUGUUGUAUUUGGUACAAUCCCGGCUCAUGCUCUGUAUUAUACGGUUUAUGAAAAUUCCAAAGCUUAUUUGUUAAAUAAUCCACGGGUACCUGGUUCUAUUUCAUAUGCGAUAUCCGGAGCGCUUGCUACUGUUGUCCAUGAUGCUGUUAUGAAUCCCGCUGAGGUUGUGAAACAACGCAUGCAAAUGAUUUUUAGUCCUUAUGGUAAUAGCCUGGAAUGUAUACGAUGUAUUUAUAUUCGAGAAGGUCUCAGGGCUUUUUACCGUUCCUAUAUUACGCAGCUAACACUGAAUGUGCCCUAUCAGUGUACACACUUUAUGAUAUACGAAUAUAUGCAGAGUUUACUAAAUCCACAUCAUAAUUAUAAUCCUUCUUCCCACUUUGUUUCCGGAGGAAUCGCUGGUGGAAUAGCUGCAGCUAUCACAACUCCUUUUGAUUGCGUGAAGACUGUUUUGAAUACACAACAAACUCCACAAUUUAAUACCAAGUAUCGGUUACUUACGCAGAACGGGCAUGCAACAUACUACAAAGGGUUGGUUGACGGAAUUCGGACGAUCUAUUAUCUUCGAGGUACAGGUGGAUUUUUCCGUGGACUUCAGGCUCGAAUAAUAUUCCAAGUUCCGUCUACAGCGCUCAGCUGGUCUGCAUAUGAGUUGUGCAAAUACUUGCUUUCUAUACGCUGAUCCCAGUGUUUCAUUCCUUCUUGGGUAUGCCAAGUGCCCACCUCUUUAAUUUUAGUUGAGCUAGUCUGGUUAGUUUGUUCCAUUUAUUACCUUUGCAAGGCUUCUCUUGUUCUGAUGAAAUGUCGUAAACGGUUUAUACAUUCUCGGUUUAUAAUUUCUUGUACUUUUUCAUAACUUUAAUUCAAUUUCAAACCCUCUAUUGUUAUUCACUGGCAUUGUGGAUAAUGACAAUGGCGAUUUAUCCUUGGUUACUUUUAUUUUUGUUAUGAUGUAUUAGUAUAUAUUAAACUGGUAACAAACAG